ACGGUAAUGAAGAGGUACUAAGCAACUGCAUGCAGUCUAAAAUUGUAAUUUGAAAGUGGGCUUGUAUUUUCACAUUUGCUAGCCUGAGGAGGCAGUGGAGUGUUGGGUUAAUGUCUAUGAUAAAUGACGUCUGGUGUAAAUCAGUGCCCAGUGAACAGUGUGGUUGUGAAUAAGCAGCUGUCGACUAUAAUUUGAAGCACAAAUCAGAUAGAGAUGCUUUAGUCGUCACAGCCCUUCGUACAUGGAAAGAGAUAAUUGUAUGAUGAAUCAGAUUCCAUCAUUGGUAAGAGGAGAACCAUUUUCGAUCCAAGAAUAAUUUCUAUUUUCUUUGUUUCAUAUUCAUGUGUGAUUUUCAAGCCAUAGCAAGCAUAAUGCAUUCCCACAGGAAUACAGUAAGCUGUAGGGUGGUCCUGGGGGAGUAGGAUAUUUUUAUCAAAUGAGGCCCUGGUUUUCCUAAAGAAAAUAUCUUUGGCUUAGACCUCCCCACAUUAGUUGCUUCCAACCAAUAUGGAGGACUGUUUAAAUUUAUUUGAAAAGUGAAGCCUGAACUAACACACUACCUAGGAUUAGGGUCUGUUUGGUAUAGUGGUUUUGGGGUAGUGGCACGCAGAUUAUUCUGGAAUUACCUAACACUUAAACCCAGUGUCAGUUGCUAGGUUAUGUCCCCCUUAGGGAAUGAGUUUCUAAACUCCAAUAGAAAACCUAAUCGUUGAUUAUAUGAUGUUGAGUUGGAGCCACGGGGCAUGAUUCGAGUUGGUAAGCAUGGAAUACAAUUAUGCACUACUGCUGUUUACACCUAAAAUAAAACUGCAUUAGAAAAUAGGCUGAGAAUGGGGUGGGGUGCUUUCAUCUCUUUUUCGGCAAGCACUUUUCUUGUCUAGUUUUCUCAAGAACAUAAAAAAUGCUGCUACGAAGUUCAUCAACACCAAUCCUGAAUUCAUGGUUAUCUCAUUGCAAAAACUCUUCAUCGACAGAGUCAGAUUCCCAAGUUCUCCAAAGAAGUAGUUCUAUCUCCUUGGCAACUUCCUUCCUCUCUUUACCUGCUGCAGAUGACCCAACAAAGAAGCCAACUCAAACCUUAUCUGAUGCCAAUUUCCCAAAAGAUACACCAAAACCCAAAAAGAAGAAGUCCUUGAUACCACCUUCUUCCAUCCUUGACACGAGAGGAAAGCAGGAAAAUGAACAUGGAGGAGAUUCAAAGACUUCAGUCCAAAGACUAUUUUCAAGUUCUGGGUUGGGGAAGAGAGUAAUGGAUGGUGGUGAUAAUGAGGACUUUGCUGUAGUGAGGAAAGACAGGGUGGUGCAGACAUUAGAGAUGGGUGGUGGGGUGGGGAAUAAUGGUGGCAGGAUCAAUGGCGGUGGAUCAGGGUUCUCUGAGAGCAAUAAUCAUGGGAGUGACAGCACUGAGGCUUACUAUCAGAAGAUGAUAGAGGCAAAUCCUGGCAACCCACUUCUGCUUGGUAAUUAUGCAAAAUUCUUGAAGGAGGUUAGAGGAGAUUUUGCCAAAGCAGAAGAAUACUAUGGAAGAGCAAUUCUGGCUAACCCAAAUGAUGGGAAUGUUUUGUCACUCUAUGCUGAUUUGAUCUGGCAAAAUCACAAGGAUGCUUUUAGAGCCAAGACUUACUUCGAUCAAGCUGUUGAAACUUCCCCAGAUGAUUGUUUUGUCUUGGCUUCAUAUGCAAAAUUUCUCUGGGAUGCUGAAGAUGAAGCAGAAGAAGAAGAAGAGCAUGAAGACAGUGAGCAGAGUGGCGUUCUUCAAUCGGAUUUCUUUCAUCAACCUCCUUAUCCAACUAUAAAUGCAGCUUUCUAGUACAUAAUAAGAUUCACAUACAUACACGUGUGUGAAUUGGCUAUGACUAGUAAGUAACCCAAGUAACUUAGCAUCUAGGAAACAAAUACUGAUCUUUUGAUUUUGGGGGUACAAUAGUAGUGGCUUACUGACUGUAACUUGCUGUGAACAACGAAAAUCUUUGCCCAAAGAUAUAUAUAAAGUAAAUGGGGCUUUUUUUUAACAUCUUUUCUACCGUGAAACAAGGAAACUGUGUAUACAUCAUGAGUUACGAGGCUUGCUAAGUUUGCCCCACUAAUACUAAGGUGCAAGUUCUUCCCUUCCCCUCUGAUAUUUUCUUUGCUGGAAGUUUGAUAUUGAAAAGUAAUCAUUUUGAAAAACAGUCAGGAGCCAUCAGACAAUAUAUUUGUUGACGCUACCUACCACUAAAUCUGCAAAAGAGAUACAUCAGGACUCAAGAGCCCACCACCAGAACGUUACAUAUGCUUGACCAAACAAUUUAUUUUAACGUGUCAUUUCAUAGUUUUCUAGCAAACUGAUUAACUCUAAAUUCUUCCAUAUUAAAUUCAGCAGAAGAAAAUCAAGGGAAAGCAGGUAAGAGGGCUCCUUUUAAAUCUAUCUUUCCGGGCGGAUAUUCUUGACUUGUGACAUAAUCCUAUUUGUAUGCCUACCAUUUUCUCAGGGUCACUAGCUUUCCUUUUCCUGUAUAUUGCGCUGGAUAACCUAACAAUAUUUAUUAAUAUAUAGAUACAUAUAUCUUACUUUUCCAUUUGCUUUCAAUUCUGCGGGCAUUUUUUGUAGUCAUUCUUCGGCAUGGGGCUGCUGAGAAUUUAUGUCACCAUUCAACCAUUCCGUGGAUGGACUAGUAAUUUGUUGGAGGCCCUGGAGAUCUGGAAUCAUCUUCUGUUUCUUAUCUGAUGUACGACUGCAUUUUCAGAGAUAAUAAGACUAUCUCCAUUGA